AUGGAAGGGCUAAGAUGCUUGCACGGGUGGCUAGCUUGCUCGUGCAACCAAGCGGCGCCGGAUCGGAAUUCCUCGACUAAGACGACGGCGUCGCUCCUCGGGAGCUUCCGCGCGGCGGUCAAGAAGGUCCGGUUCCUGCUCUCCUUCAGCGCGACGCGGUGGAUCCUCUCCUCCAUCGUCGGCUCGCGCGCCGGGGCCACGCCGCGGCGCCGCGUCAGCUUCGGCCCGGCGCGGCCGCCGAGCCUCCUCGACCUCGAGGGCAGCGCCAUCGUGUCGCCGGUCAGGUCAGGUGGUGGUCCGCCGUCCAGGACGGCGAGCCUAGGGCCGCCGGCGACGAGGACCGUGUCGCGGACGAGCAGCGCGGCGUCGUCGGAGCUGCUGAGGACGUCGAGCGACGGGUCGUCGUCGUCGCCCGGCGGCGGCGGCGGCGACAACGACAUCGACCGGCGCGCCGAGCUGUUCAUCGCCAACUUCUACAAGCAUAUACAGAUGGAGCGGCAGGUGUCCCUGCAGCUGCGGUACUUGGAGCGCACGCCCUCCAGGUGAUUGAUUCCUUGUAGGAUCGAUUUUUUUCCCUUUUUUUUUUACAAAAGGAUAUUGUCAUGGUCAAAAGCAGUGUAUGUAGAUUUAGAUGGGUGUUUUUUGUUCCAUCAUUUCUACACAACUUUUGGGUUGUUCUUACUCCAAUUAGAUAGCUUAUUGAUUCAAUCUCUCUUUUUUGUUGAAUGAUUGAGAGUGUACAUACAAAAUAUGGACAUUGCUUUGAAAAAAAAACAAUUAAGCAGCUAAAUUUUGUGCACAAAAUUACUAUUAACUUGAAUUCGCUCCCAAACGAGACAUCUUCUUUUUGUACAGCAGUAUCCGUGUCAUCAAAUUCACGCCCAAACACUUAAUUGCUCCAUCUGGUCCCAAAGGGUGUGUUUGGUUGCAUAUACCAACCUGGCUCGCAUGAGAUAUACAGAAAAAUAGUUGUUUAGUUACUUGUACAAGGAUCAGAACCAGUCUAAACUCAUGCAAAUUCCGUCCCGUGGAGCUUCUUUACUCGGCCUAGCCCAAACAAUACAUCCUGACAGGAUCUGCAUGUAUAAGCCCUGCACCCACGCGUGCAACGAAGCCCGUAAGGGUCUCUUCUGCCCCGUCACUUUUCCCCACCACCUAGGGUUGGGGUUUGGAUCAUCUGCCAUUGUAUAGCUAAUGGCACCAAUGAACAGUGCAGUGCCAUCGGUAUGAUCUCAGUCGUUCGUUUUCAGAUGGACAACCACAGAUUUAUCUGCUACAGUGAUUUGGUACAGUAAAUUUAUUAUAUUUUAUCUAAAAUGAUUUUGCUACCGCGUCGCCCGUCCAUCAUCUACAGUAAGGUGCCAUUUUUCCUCUCAUAUUUUCUGGCAUUGUUAUGUAAUGGCAGGUGAUCCGAAUGCUUAGGGUUGGGGUGCCCAAUCCCCAUCCACCAUCGCCUCCUCCCUGCGCCGCCUGCGGCUCAGCUGGCCGCUGCUGCCGUCGCCUGCGGCUCAGACGAGCCGCCACCGCGUCGCCUUGAACCUCCUCCGGACGCCGCCGCCUUGUACCUCCUCCCGUCGCCGCCUCGUCCAUGCUCCUCCCGCCGACGUCGCAUGCGGCUCGGCCCUGCCGCCACCGCCUCUAAGCUCCUCCCGCCGGCGCUCCUCCAACCUGCUCCCUCUGCCGCCUGCGACUCGGCCAGCCGCAGCCGCAGCCGCAGCCGCCACAUGCGGCUCGACCGUCCGCCUGCUGGUGGUGUUCUGCAGGUUCCCGGUCAAGCCUUGGAUGCUGGUGGUGUUCCUUCGCCUCUGCACGCCACGGCCAUGGCCUCUCUCGCUCUCAACUGAACAGGUUCAGGUUCAGGCCAUGGCUGAAUUUUUAUCACCCGAAAUCGUGUAAAAUUUCAGACCAUGAGAACAAUGAAGUCUCAUCUUCUCAGGAAGAACAUCGGCAGAGGAUAAACAAGUAAUUCUGACACUUGAUUACUGGUGAUGAACAAGAGCUUCAGUGCUCUUUUUUUCUUAACUGUCAACAUUAUACUCGUCGAUAGCUAUGAAGACUGAUGAAUAAACUCGUGGGGAAGUUCAGAAAGUAUUCCUAUUUUAUGAAACUAGAUGUAAAUAUGUAAUGGUGCAUGGCAAGUUAUUGUUUAUUGUUUCUUCAUUUUGCUCACCUUUUUGACUGCAUCCAAUUGGCAUUCAUGACUGUUAAUCUGGUAAUAGCAUUUUAUUAAUCUGGUGAAGCAACAACUAGGUGCUACUUGAGCUAAAGAAACUACAAAAGCAGGAGGAACUACUUUUCUGAUCAGAUUGGAGGCUGCGGACCUAGAGUCGGACAUAACUGUAACAUCAACGACGCCAUGAUUUAAUAUUCAGCUCAUAUGAGGUGUAUGCUGGUUGCUUCUACAAAUAACUACUAGCUCUCAUAUACAGGGGGUUGUUUCGAUGGGGAUAACU